GGCGAGGUGCAGAAAGCGCAACUAAAACGACGAAGCUUCGAGUCGCGGGACGGGCAUUCGUGAACGUCAUUAAUCGUCUCUGAGAGUCGCUGCUUUCGUAGGUUCGCUCGCUGGUGCCUCCGCUUUCUACCUCACUCUGCAUCCUACCUUCUCCCAGCAUUCUUUGUAUAUAUGCUCCAAGUGAGUCACGCACAGGUCGUAAUGUUACGCCAAAACAAAAACAAUAGCAUCGCCAAUUGCGAAGACAUCUCUCUCGCGAUCAUAUCCAGCUCUCUAUCUCGUUGCCACGAUCGUGCGCUCGGUAAGAAAAGCAAAUGAGGAAGCGGGGGCGGAAGCGGAAGCAGCAGCAGCAACAGCAGCAGCAGCAGCAGCAGCAGCAGCAGCAGCAGCAGCAGCAGCAAUAGUAACAGAAGAACAGUCUAUCGGGUCGGAUCGGAGGUAAUUAAUGAAAUGCGAUGCGCUUGUGUUGGAUGUGCGUGAACAUGUUGUGUAUACAACGGCGAAGGUGAAAAUGUUGCCCGGAGAUCGUCGCGCGCUUACAUAGCUGACACGGCGAAAUAGAGUGGGACAUCGUACGCCACGAAUAACAGUGAAAGCGUUGGCGGUGGUGGCGGCGGUGACGACGACGACGACGACGACAACGGCGACGGCGACAGCGACAGCGACAGCAAGUGGUGAACGAUUGUGUAUGAACGAUCAUUAGUGGUGUGUAUAGACGAGAGGAAAAGCUGCAUCAUCACGAUGUCCGCAGCGUGUUUACAUCCCGACGGCACGACACGAGAACGACGACACACGGCGUUCGUCGUCAUGUUUGCACACUGGUGAUCAGGUGCGAUUUUCCUUCGCUCACGUCACUCGCAUUCUCCGCGCGACGAUACGCCUCGCGCACGUCGACGCUCUCUUUCUCUCUUUCUCUCUCUCUCUCUCUCUCUCUCUCUCUCUCUCUCUCUCUCUCUCUCUCUCUCUCUCUCUCGACGGCCGAUCGUGCAAGAGCAAUCAGCUGUUGCGGCCCGGGGAUCCGCGAUGUUGGAUCACCGUCGGUAGAACGUAGCGUCGACCGAACGGCGAGAGUGGCGACGGGCGGCGAGGAGGAGACGCUUUCGCGUCGAGCGGACUACACCUAUAGAAACAGAAACGUGUCUGAUAAGGUGCCCUCUUGUGUUUUCGUCAGCCUCGACGCGCGCGCGCGCACGCAGGAGAUAUGUGCAGGAGGUAGCAGGUACGAAUAACGAGGAUUAUUAUGACGAGCGGCGCAAAAAUCCAUCAGCGUGCGUGCGACAACGGGCUGCUGCUGCUGCUGCUACUACUAUUACUGCUACUGCUACUGCUACUGCUACUGCUACUAAGACGGCGACGCUAUGUGAAUACGCCAUGUACAUAUGAUCAUCCAAAUUCAUGCGUUCCCCUACUGUCAGCGGUGAGCGAACGUCGAGGGGCGCGGACGGGAGCUCUCCGCCGGGCGAUCGGCGAACGCAGUCCACGUCUGUAACCGGCAGCGAUAUUCAGGGGAUGCCUAGUCUACACUCGCUCGUCUUACGACGAGCCCCGCUAACGGAUAUGGGUGCCGCGACUAGUUCGGUCACGUCCGUUAACCCGCCCGCUAAGAUCGCGGCUGCUAAUCAGAAGAAGAUCGACAAGUCCAAGUUCAGGCUGCCCCUCAUACGCAAGGAGGCUAGCGUGGUGAAUCUCUCCUUGACGGAAAGGGCCAUGCCGGGCAAAGAGGCGGACGCGCCUCUUCUACGGCCUGAGAGUAGCGCCAGUCUGGAGGCACGCGGUGGUAGCUGGAUGAGUUUGGGCCCGGGUGCACUGAGAAAGUGCGAGACCGCCGUGGGAUUGAGUACUUCCGCCCUGGAAGGGAGACCCAUCAAUCGCAGCAGGGUCUGCUCACGUUGUUCCAGCUUGUUGUCAUUGGCCUCCAGCUCGCGUUACAGUCUGGCCGCUGGUAAUUUUGUUCCAGCUAGCUCCCAACAAACAAUCGGACGGAUAUUUUGUAAGCUGUGUCUUGCCGACACGUCUCUCUCCAAGUCGUUUAAGAUAGAAGGGUGCGGUUGUUCCUACUGUAAGGAUUGCAUGCGUGCCUAUGUAGAAUUCGAGAUCGAAGAAGGCGCGUAUGAGAUUAGUUGUCCCGAUGCUCAGUGUGAUCAAGGCGCUAUACUUUCCCUGAAGGAGAUCUCCAACCUUGUCAGCUCAGAGCUCGUGGAGAAACAUUGCAAGUUCCGUUUGAAUAGAGAUGUAUCUAUGGACAAAGGACGCGCAUGGUGUCCACGUGCGGGUUGUGAAACGAUAUGUUCGAUAAACAGCAACAGUGGAAGUGGCACUCCUUUAGGUCCCGUACACUGUCCCAACUGCUCCACGGAUUUCUGUUCUAUAUGUCGAGAGCCUUGGCACAAUGGGCCUUGUCCGGAUCUCCCAUUAGGGAUACCGUUCGAUAGCGAUCACAUUAAAUGCUGUCCCAUGUGUUCUGUGCCGAUAGAGAAGGACGAAGGUUGCGCUCAAAUGAUGUGUAAACGAUGUAAACACGUGUUUUGCUGGUAUUGCUUAGCAUCCCUAGAUGAUGACUUUCUAUUGCGACACUACGACAAGGGACCAUGUAAGAAUAAAUUAGGCCACUCACGCGCGUCCGUGAUAUGGCAUCGAACGCAAGUUAUUGGAAUCUUCGCCGGUUUUGGCCUACUUCUACUCGUCGCAUCGCCCUUGCUAUUAUUAGCGGCGCCUUGUAUCGUAUGUUGUAAAUGUCGCGUUUGCGGUUCUUCCAGGCUCGAGCAGGAAGAAGGCGAUACGGCGACAUAGGAACUUCCAAAUCUCUCAGCUAAUUCUUGCUUAAUUAUUUCCUUAUCAGCUAAAAAUGAACACUUUUCCUAGACUUCCACAUAUGGGAGGUAACAACACGGUCGGCAACUUAUAUAGAUAUACAUUGCAUUUCCUUAAGUCUAUACUCUGUCCUUGCGUCGAUAGACAUAAUGUUGGAAAAAGAGAACGCAUGUCUCUUCUCAGUCAAGCAUAUUGUGAUUAAAUCUAUACACAUAUAUCUAUAUGCAUAUAUAUAUAUACAUAUAUAUAUUUAUAUUUUACUUAUAAACUAUUCAAACACAGGGAAUGAGAAACGUUCACUGCGGGUGAUUCGUUUAGUCGUAAUACGAUUUAUUUUUUUUUUCUGAUGUACAUUUACUUUACAUAGUCAUUUAAUGACUUUCUUUUUUUAACGAUAUGUACUAAUCGUGAUUGAAAGAGAUCUAAUAAUUUACAAAUACUCAACGAAUUCUUACGUAGGGGAACAUUCCAGAAACUCUUAUAAACUUUGUAGAUCAGAUUUAUUGUACUGCCAUGGAAGGACAUAUUACGUCUCUGUUUUAAUUGAGUUCCGGGUCAACAAAUUUGUAUUGUAAAUUACCGUCAGGUUUUCGUUAAUUUCCAUUUAUUCAGAUGCGAAUUCGAUCAUUUUUUGAAGGAGUCUUUACAAAGUUGUGAUAAUAGCAUGUUGAUUAUUUCAUUAUAUGGGACGUUAAAAUAUUAGAUUAUAAACUAACUAAACACGCGUCUCGCACUUUCUCUCCUCUCUCUUUCUCUCUCUCUCUAUUUCUCUUUCUCCUUUUCUUCCCAUGAAAAUGUAAAUAUUAUCAAGUUAAUAUAUCUUAAAAAACAGUGUAUAUCUAUAUGUGUGCCUAUGUCGAACUAUUGCAAGGCUCAGCUCUACAUUCUCAUGGAGAGAAACGAAUCUUGGAGUAUUAGAUUGUACGAUAUUCUAUCCCCUUGUUAUCUUUUAAUUUAUGGGUGCUUUCACGUUUAUUUUGAUGGUGAUUUAUUCGCGUGUGUACAUUAUGUAUACAUUAAUUUAGAAGGAAUAUAAAAAAUGAGUAUCACGUGAAGAAAAGAAAGAAAGAGAGGAAAUGUCUUAUACAAUUGUGCAUUUUAUCAAUGAAAUUGAAAGAAUGCCGUUGUUACAUUAUGUAUUUAACACGUUUUUCGUCUGAAUAUGACGUACUGAGUUGUAGUGACGUACAGCUAAGACUUGACAUUCAAAACACUAUCAAUCAAUAUGUGCCAUGUGAUUGUUACAAGGACUCCGUAGAAUAUUCUCAGUAACUCGAUACUUGGAGCAAGUAAGACCGCGAGAAACGUAUUAACUACAUUCGCGCUGAUUCACCCUAUUAUGCAUAUAAAUGAAAUUUAGAUUGUUAAAGGUCAAAAAUAUGAGUAAUCGACUUUGGACAAUAGUUAUACGUUAUUUCCGAAAAACAACUUCUUAUUGAUAAUAAAUGAUAUGGAGAGAUAUCGAGAAGAUAAAAAAUCAUAUAUAUACAUAUAUUGGGUUAUUCGAUAAGCUUAUAAAAAUAUUUUAUGAAAAAUUCAAAAGCGAUACUUUUGCUUCAGCAAUCCUUUUUUGCUUCCAUUUUUUUUUUGGUGACCUGUCAUCACUAAGAAAAUGCAGACAUUAAAUAAAAUUAUGCGUAGUUACAAAAAUAUUGGCUUUAAAUUUUUCAUAAGAAUCUUUAUAAAUGAUCCAAUAUAGAUAUAUAAUAUGUAAUAAAUAUAUGUGGUAUUUUGUACAUAUAAUAUGAAUGUUUAAGACUAAAAAUAGGAUGGCGUUAUGUUUAAAGGUUCGACAAACUAUGCAUUUCUCACGAGCAGUGCUGUACAGAUAAUUGAACGAACGAUUACAUUACGAUAUGCAUAAAUUACCGCGUGGUCGGUUUUCACUAUUUUACGUCGCAAUUGUUAAAAUAUCUCGUUUGUUGUAUUAUUAAGAUUGUAUGUAAAUAAAAGUAUACAUACACGUCGGCACGUGUAUGCACUUAUGCAUUUGA